UCACUUCCUCGCGUGUGUCGUGGGCGUGUCAGGCGGUGGGUGUGCCUCGUCUCACGGUGGGUGUGGUUAGCGGUGCAGGUGCGGAAGCCUCAAGAGAGGUCAGUGUGAGACCGGAGCCUGAGAGCAGCGAGACCGAGGCAGCGGCCAGAGAGUAACAGGAGUCGUUACUAUGGCAAUGACGGCGAGUACCCCCACAUCUUGUGCCACGAGCUGCCACACCCGGGAGAGAGUGACCGUGGCCAAACUCACACUCGAGACCUUCUACAGUAAUCUCAUCCUGCAGCACGAGGAGCGAGAGACCCGGCAGAAGAAGCUGGAGAUGGUCAUGGACGAGGAGGGGUUAGGAGACGACGAGAAAAAAAUGCGGCGAUCGCAACACGCCCGGAAGGAAACGGAGUUCCUGCGGCUGAAGAGGACCCGGCUGGGGCUGGAUGAUUUCGAGUCGCUGAAAGUGAUUGGCCGAGGGGCCUUCGGAGAGGUUCGUCUGGUUCAGAAGAAGGACACUGGACACAUCUAUGCCAUGAAGAUUCUACGCAAGGCCGACAUGCUGGAGAAAGAGCAGGUAGCCCACAUCCGAGCAGAGCGGGACGUACUGGUGGAAGCAGACGGGGCCUGGGUCGUUAAGAUGUUCUACAGCUUCCAGGAUAAGAGGAACCUCUAUAUGAUCAUGGAGUUUCUUCCUGGAGGGGACAUGAUGACUUUGCUUAUGAAGAAGGACACGCUGACGGAGGAGGCAACGCAGUUUUAUAUUGCCGAAACUGUCCUUGCUAUUGAUGCCAUUCACCAGCUUGGAUUUAUCCACAGGGAUAUAAAGCCGGACAAUCUGUUGUUGGAUGCUAAGGGCCACAUCAAGCUUUCAGAUUUCGGCCUCUGCACGGGGCUGAAGAAGGCCCAUAGAACCGAGUUUUACCGGAACCUGACCCAUAGUCCUCCCAGUGACUUCUCCUUCCAGAACAUGAACUCCAAGAGAAAAGCAGAAACGUGGAAGAAAAACCGCCGGCAGCUGGCCUACUCCACAGUCGGGACCCCUGAUUACAUCGCGCCGGAGGUCUUUGUGCAGACGGGGUACAACAAGCUCUGUGAUUGGUGGUCGCUGGGAGUCAUAAUGUACGAGAUGUUAAUCGGGUACCCCCCAUUCUGCUCAGAGACUCCCCAGGAAACAUACAGGAAAGUGAUCAACUGGAAGGAGACCUUGGUCUUUCCUCCCGAGGUGCCGACGUCGGAGAAAUCCAAGGAUUUAAUUCUCAGGUUUUGUACGGACUCCGAAAACCGCAUCGGGUCCAACGGCGUGGAGGAAAUUAAGAGUCGCCCCUUUUUCGAAGGCGUAGACUGGGGACACAUCAGGGAGCGGCCGGCGGCGAUUCCCAUCGAAAUAAAGAGCAUCGACGACACCUCCAAUUUCGACGACUUCCCGGAGUCGGACAUCUUGCAGCCAGCGCCGAACCCACCAGAGACCGACUACAAGUCCAAAGACUGGGUCUUCCUCAAUUACACGUACAAGAGGUUCGAAGGUCUGACGCAGCGGGGGUCGAUCCCUUCCUACAUGAAAUCCGGGAAGCUAUGAGCAGCGAAACUCCUCCCCCCCUACCAUCCCCGAACAUAAACCGUUACUCAGGUAUCCGCAGAGAACACGUCAAUGAAAUGUAUUCUAGACUCGUGUCCCGGAGGAAAUUCUGCAGGAUUAGGAUUUCGGACGACUACAGGAAACAGCUGGCAGCGCCGGCGACUAUUCCCCUCCCUCUUCCUGGUUUUUUUUUUUUAAUUUUUUUUUUUUGGAGAGAAAAAACUCAAUUUUGAUUCUACCGGAAUGUGUGCGUCUGUAUCAGAUUUCUGGCUGUCUCUCUGUGAGCGUUACAGGUCAUUUGGAUUUGUGUAAUAUGGCCAGUAGGUUAAUGUGGCCUUUAAAUGGUCAAUACUGGGAGCCUGGGAGGCAUCAUGUCUGUUGGGAGGAAAUGUACUGGGUUAUAUUGUUACUUUAUCUAUGUGUCUGAUCAUAUUCUUAUUUAUUCUGCCCCAAUCAUUCUUCUUUUCAUUAUUAUUUAUUAAUUGAGUAGUAGCGAGCGAUUAGCAUAAACCCCACCCCCUAGUAGAGAGUGAUUAUCAUAAACUCCACCCCUAGUAGCGAAAGAUUAUUAUAAACUACACCCCUAGUAGAGAUCGAUUAGCAUAAACCCCCACUCCUAAUAGUGAGCGAAUAGCAUAAACCCCACACCUAGUAGUGAGCUAUUAGCAUAAACCCCACCCCUAGUAGUGAGCUAUUAGCAUAAACCCCACCCCUAGUAGUGAGCUAUUCGCAUAAACCCCACCCCUAGUAGUGAGCUAUUCGCAUAAACCCCACCCCUAGCAGAGAUCGAUUAUCAUAAACCCCCACUCCUAAUAGUGAGCGAAUAGCAUAAACCCCCACUCCUAAUAGUGAGCGAAUAGCAUAAACCCCACUCCUAGUAGUGAGCGAAUAGCAUAAACCCCACCCCUAGUAGUGAGCUAUUAGCAUAAACUCCACCCUAGCAGAGAUCGAUUAUCAUAAACCCCACUCCUAAUAGUGAGCGAAUAGCAUAAACCCCACCCCUAGUAGUGAGCUAUUAGCAUAAACCCCACCCCUAGCAGAGAUCGAUUAUCAUAAACCCCACUCCUAGUAGUGAGCGAAUCGCAUAAACCCCACCCCUAGUAGUGAGCUAUUAGCAUAAACCCCACCCCUAGUAGUGAGCUAUUAGCAUAAACCCCACCCCUAGCAGAGAUCGAUUAUCAUAAACCCCACCCCUAGUAGUGAGAAAAUAGCAUAAACCCGACCCC